AAACUCUGGCGGUAACUACACCCUUGGACCCUCGCGGGCCAGUCUGUAGAAACUAAGUCCUUUGCGGAUCGGGAGCUACAGCCACUCUCUGGCAGCUCUCAUCCGGCGCCAUGGCAGCGCAGAAGAAGCGGCUUUCUGUGAAGGAGGCUUUUCAGCUGGCGCAGCAGCCGCACCAGAACCAGGCGAAGCUGGUAGUCGCGCUGAGCCGCACGUACGGCGCGGUUGAUGAUAAAACAGCUUUUCAGGAAGAGUUUGUUCAUUACCUUAAAUAUGCUAUGGUGGUACAUAAACGUGAGCCUGCUGUGGAGAGGGUCAUGGACUUCACAGCCAAGUUCGUUACUUCAUUUCACCAGUCUGAUGAGGAAGAAGAAGAGGAAGAGAAAGAUGGUGGCAUUUUAAAUUAUUUGUUUACUUUUCUCUUGAAGUCUCAUGAAGCAAACAGCAGUGCAGUCAGAUUUAGAGCAUGCCAGCUCAUUAAUAAACUUCUUGGGAAUAUGCCAGAAAAUGCCCAAAUUGAUGAUGACUUAUUUGAUAAAAUCAAUGAAGCCAUGCUUAUUAGAUUGAAAGAUAAAAUUCCAAAUGUCAGAAUACAAGCGGUUUUGGCUCUUUCUCGACUCCAAGAUCCCAAGGACCAUGAUUGCCCGGUAGUUGACGCAUACGUUACUUUGAUCGAAAAUGAUUCAAAUCCGGAAGUUAGGCGUACAGUGUUAUCUUGUAUUGCACCAUCAGCAAAGACUUUGCCAAAAAUUGUAGAACGUACAAAGGACAUAAAGGAUAUUGUCAGAAAGCUGGCUUAUCAGGUGUUAGCUGAAAAAGUUCAUAUGAGAGCUCUGUCCAUUGCUCAGAGAGUACUGCUUCUUCAGCAAGGUCUCAGUGACAGAUCAGAUGCUGUGAAACAAGCUGUGCAGAAGCAUCUUCUCCAAGGCUGGUUGCGUUUUACUGAAGGAAAUAUCCUAGAGUUGCUUCAUCGGUUAGAUGUGGAAAAUUCUUCUGAUGUAGCAGUCUCCGUUCUCCAUUCCUUAUUCUCAAUGAGUCCUCUCAGUGAGCUGGUGGGAAUUUGUAAAAAUGAUGAUGGCAGGAAGUUGAUUCCGGUGGAAACAUUAACUCCUGAAAUUGCUUUGUACUGGUGCACCCUUUGUGAGUAUUUGAAGUCAAAGGGAGAUGAAGGUGAAGAAUUUUUGGAGCAGAUUUUGCCAGAGCCUGCAGUAUACGCAGAAUACUUAGUGAGUUACAUCCAGGGCUUCCCAGUAGUUAAUGAAGAACAGAAAAGUGAUUUUACCUACAUUGGAAAUUUGAUGACAAGAGAAUUCAUAGGUCAACAAUUGAUUCUAAUUAUAAAAUCUUUGGAUACUAGUGAGGAAGGAGGAAGGAAACGACUGCUGGCUAUUUUGCAAGAGACGCUUACUCUGCCUACAACCCCGAUAUCUUUGUUUUCUUUUAUUGUUGAGAGACUCCUCCACAUUGUCACAGAUGAUAGUAAAAGGAUACAGAUUGUCACAGAAAUUAUCUCAGAGAUUCGUGCACCCAUUGUUACUGUUCAUGUUGAUCCAUCUGAUACAAGAAAGAAAGAACUCAAGAUGGCUGAAAUAAAAGUUAAACUUAUCGAGGCUAAAGAAGCUUUGGAAAAUUGCAUUGCUGUACAAGAUUUUGAUCAGGCAUCAAAAUUAAAAGAAGAAAUAAAAACAUUGGAAGAUGCCAGAAUAAACCUGUUAAAAGAGACAGAACAACUUGAGAUUAAAGAAGUCCAAACAGAAAAGAACGAUGUGGAAACAUUACAGAAGUGUUUUAUUUUGUGUUAUGAACUGUUGAAACGGAUGUCCAUUUCAACUGGAAUUGGUGCAACCAUGAAUGGGAUCAUUGAAUCUUUGAUUCUUCCUGGAAUAAUAAGUGUUCAUCCUAUAGUAAGAAACUUGGCUGUUUUGUGCUUGGGAUGCUGUGGACUACAGGAUCAGAAUUUUGCAAGUAAACACUUUAUAUUGUUCUUACAGGUUUUGCAAAUUGAUGAUGUCACAAUAAAAGUAAGUGCUUUAAAGGCAAUAUUUGACCAACUGAUGAUGUUUGGGAUUGAGCCAUUUAAAGCUCAGAAAGUUAAGGCCGUUCACUGUGAAGGUGCAGAACUUAGCAGUCACGAUGAACAAGAAGAAGAUGCUGAAGACACGGCCACAGCUAAGAGUGUUCUGAAACUCCUCUCUGACUUCUUAGACAGCGAGGUAUCUGAACUCAGGACAGGAGCUGCAGAAGGACUAGCCAAGCUGAUGUUCUCCGGGCUUUUGGUCAGCAGCAGGAUUCUUUCUCGUCUUAUUUUGUUAUGGUAUAAUCCUGUGACUGAAGAGGAUGUGCGACUUCGACAUUGCUUAGGAGUGUUUUUCCCCAUGUUUGCUUAUGCAAGCAGGACAAAUCAGGAGUGCUUUGAAGAAGCCUUUAUUCCAACUAUACAAAUACUGGCCAAUGCUCCAGCGUCAUCUCCUUUAGCGGAAGUAGAUGUCACAAAUGUUGCUGAAUUGCUUGUUGAUCUGACAAGACCAAGUGGAUUAAAUCCUCAGGCAAAGAAUUCUCAAGAUUAUCAGGCCUUAACAGUACAUGACAACUUAGCUAUAAAAAUUUGCAAUGAGAUCUUAACAAAUCCAUGCUCACCAGAAAAUCGGGUUUAUACAAAAGCUUUGAGUUUGGUAGAACUCAGUAGCAGUGUUACAAAAGAUCUCCUGCUUCUAUUGGAUGAGAUUCUGGAGCAAGUAACAGAUAGGACAUGUCUGAGAGCCUUGGAGAAGAUUAAGAUUCAGUUAGGAAAAGGAAGUAAAGAAUUUGACCAAUGUGUGGUAACAGAGGAUGCCAAUACAACUACAAAGGUUCUUCAGGAUGAAAAUGAAUAUAGGACUCCUGCGAGGAAUGUAAAAGGAACUCAAGCAUCAAAAUCUACACAAGGAAAAACGAACAGAGGACGGAGAAAAGCGCCAGUUUCAUCUAAGACCGACAGGAGAUGCCAGACUGCUGGGCCUGACUCUGAAAGUGAUCAUGAACCACCAUCAGAAAUGAGGAUGAGAUUACCCAGACGAGCCAAAACAGCCGCGCUUCAGAAAAGUAAACUUAACCUCGCAGAGUUUCUUAAUGAAGAUCCGAGUUAAGGGAGCUGAUAAGGAUGGAGUCCUUUGAAGUUGUGCUUCUAUCUUUGCUUUAAUAGUUAUUAUGGAAGAAUCAGAAAUACCUGCUCUGUUUCUGCAAGCAUGAAUGAUGCCACAUGAGUUCACCAUCUGUUAGUGUCGUCCAUCUGCACGGAUCCAGAUUUGUCUUUAUCAGGACAUUAGGUGGGCCUAGAAACCUGCUUUUAAAUAGGUACCCUAUGUGAACCCUACGGAACUAUGACAUUUUGGAAAGAUUUAUAAUUAGCCCAGUAGCUUAUAUUGAGAAGCUUAGACAAGCUGUAAAAUAGGUGAAUAUGUCAGGCAUCAAACAAACGGCAAUGAAGGAUGAAGUACAUAGAAAACUGCUCUGACCACUGAGAACCAGUAUAAUGGACAAAGCUCUCCGUAUUUACAUUAAACCAUGGCUUUGAGAAUUGCAUCAUUCCUAUACUGAGGAUUUAUUUGAUAACUUUACCUCAAUGGUAAUUCCUCUUCCUAAAUCUUUCCAUAUAGGAACACUAGUUUAUAAAUGAUUCUAGACUAGGGAGGUGUUCACACACACAAAUCAUGAAAGGUACAUUGGGUUUUGGCACAUCAAAAUAUACUUGAAAAAUAAACAAUAUGAAUGGGGAAAAAGUUAUAGGAAGUCAUCUUUAUGUAUUGAUUAUGAGCACAGUUUCUUCACUGUUAAAUUUCAAUUAUCUUUUGAAAUUGUUGCUGUUAUGAAACAUAAAUAUUUUGAAACUUGCAUUGUAUAAAAGUAGUCGUUUUUCUUUCUGCCAUACCCAAAGAAACACCUUUUAUUUGGAUAAAAAUGUCCUAACAUGAAAUUUUUAUUAAUUGUGCUUCUGCUUCUUAAAAUUUGUCAGAGGUCAUUUUAACAGAUGCUCUGAGAUGGAGUGAAAGGUAAUAUUGCUGACUUUGAGAACCAAAAGGCUAUUCUAUAUACAUAAUAUGUGCUUUAUAGAACUCAGAAAAGGAGUCAAAGUUACAAAGCAAGAAUGCUUAUUAAGCAAAAGGAAAAGCAGAUAUGGUAAUGAAAUAAACCAAUGAAAAACACUGUUGUUCUUCAUCUCUUGGCUAUAUGUCUUUUCCUGUGCUUCAUAUUUCUUAUUGUUAUAGUUCUUGUUAAAUCCCUGUCUUAGAAUAAAUUGGUGGGGAAUAGGAAGUAAGCAGGGCUAAAAUGGCACAUUAGUGUGGUGUAAGGGAAAGCCACUAGGAAUGAACUAUCAUCUCAUUUAUACAUGUGCAGAGUAGCCAAAAGGAAAGACGCUGUGAUCACGUAGACACUACCAAAGUUUGCUUUUCUGACUUUAAGCACCGACUUUUUCAUUAGCAGUAGUUUUACUACUCCGACUUUAGACAAUAGCUGUGGCUGCAGGGAACAGCAUCAGCAUUACUAAGGAGUAUUAUCCUGUUUCUACAGGAUACCCCUGUAAACUUUGGAGCAAACUGCUAAAGUACAAUAAAAUCAACAGGUAUAAAAACAGUUACCUUUUUUUCCAUUCAAAACUGUGAACUUAAACCAGUGUUCUUGUUUCCCGUUGAGGCACACAUUUGCUGAAGAGUAAACAUGCAAUUGUGCCAUUGCUCUUAUGGCCCACAGAUGAGAGGUUUAAUUACAGAAAGAGAACUGAGAACCCAUUUUUUUUUAAUGAAUGAAAACAUGCUAUUUGAUAAGCUAAUCAGUCUUUUUCUAUACAUGUAUAACUGUAGAAGAGAUACACUUCUGACCGACACCUUUGCCCUUCCCAGUUUGCCUCGAGGUAGUUGGCACCCACCUGUUACACAACUGUUCAUGGGUUAGGUCAUUGUCACACAUCUUUACAAUACUAGCUUCCUAAGUUACAGAAUUGUUAUAUGUGAAAACUGCACAGAAAUAGAACUGGGCAAUUAACAUAUUUAAGCUAGGGCAUUAAAAAAUUCACCGAUAAAAAGAGAACAUCAAAAUCUGCUUUUGUUGCAAAACCCCACAAUGGUCUUGUGUACUGUAUGUAAAAACAGAAUUAUAAUAAAAUGAUUAAUGCUAAUGACCUAAUAUAAAGACAGAUCACAGGACUAGAAAUAUGUUAGUAUCAGUUGGUCUUCAUGAGAAUGAAUAUUGACAUAGAAAAUAAAGAUAGUGCAAGGGCUGCAGACUAAUUGUCUUCAUUUUUGAGAGUUUGGUUAUGAACUGUGCAGCUUGCUAGAGAUGCUGCUGUUAGACUCCAUUCAAUAGGAUGAUUAAGGCACAUCUGAAUGGGGCUCAGAGGGCAGCUUGCUGUGUUCCCAUCACACAGAUCCACUUUCUCAUCAGUUUUCAUUUGUAGCAUGCUGUAAAAAAAAAGUGUAAGGCAUUUUAAGUUUAAAUUUCAAAUUGUCGACCUUGUAGAAAAUUUUGGAAUACUUUGUACUCUAAAGCAGCUAAGCAAACUGUAUAUCAUCCUGACACCACUAGUUCUGUAGCUGUCUUAGUGAACUGAGUGUGAUGAACUAGAUCAUGUUUAAGUAUGUUGUGUGCACUCAGACACCUCAGUACAAAGGCCAUCAGUCACUGGAUUACAUUAGUUGACAUAAGAAAGGCAUUUAACUUAUUGGCAAGGUUCAACUCCUUAGUAUCAGAACUACUUUUAAGAGAAUGAACAUUUGUUAGUUCCUGCCGUGUUCUAAGCUCAUUCACAUGCAAUAAUCAUUUUAAUUUCAGGAAAAGGCAGAUAUGGUAGUGAUAUAAACCAAUGAAAAUUACUGUUGUUCUUUACCAAUGAUAAAUUGAGUCUCAAAGUUAAGUAUAAAUAGUGACGUCAUACUGUAACUGGUGUGGAACUAGAAACCUUUUUCGUCUUGCGUCCUCUGUUAGCUUUCUACUGGGCUGAUUAUCAUUGAAACUAGACAGAAAAUAGGCCUGUUUGGUAAGAGAGAGUUGGGUUGUCUAUCCAGUCUUCUCUAGUAGCCAGCUUAACACAGGGGCUCAGGCAGUGCCAGCAGGAUAAUCAGUAUCCUGCUUCCGACUACAUGUAACUCCUUUUCUUCUCUCUGCUUGCCCGCACAUCCGUCCUUCCUGCCUUGGGUUCUUCCCUACACUGUUUUACCAACACUGGCCCACAGUCUGUGCUUGUCUUUUGUUUGUUUGUUUGUUUGUCUCCCUCCAGGCACAGUCCUUUUCUACUAUAUUUUUAUUAAAAAUAAAACUUCAAUUAUAUAAAAUUUCAAUUUAUAUAAUUAGAUAUUAGCAAAAUAACAACUAUAGGUUAUCUUAUUAGUCAUAAAAUAUACUAAGCAAAAACAUGUAAUUAGUAAAUAUAAAUAUAUUUAAAAAUUUAAAAUGAUAAAUGACAGAAAGAUCUAAAUGACAAUUACCUGAAAUGUUAAAUUUUGAAAAAAAAAUCUUGGUUUAUUUGUUAGACUGAGGUACCUGGGUAUUUCAUGUCUUGUUUUUUUUCCCAAGUUAGUGCGACAUUGGUGUUUUUCAUACUAUUAGAAUUGUUACUAGUUUUAAGAAAAAUAAAAAUGGUAUUUUUAUUUGCUGUAA